AUGAUGAUGGCCAGCACAACAAGAGCAUUCCGAUGUGGUUUCACUCAUUCACGGCUGAAACUGCCACUCCGACACACGUCGACGCAUCGGAUCCAUCAUAUUCUAGGAGGAAAUUGUCCACACCAUGGACUGGAACAGCAACGAGCAACCAGCAGUGGCAGCCGCCGAUGGAUGAGCUCCAGCCAAAAGCCAGAACCACCCUCCGGUCAAUUGCAAGACAAGAAAAGGAAGACCAAGAAGAAAUCCAAGAAGAAAUCUCACAACAACAAUCCACAACAGUCAUCCUCCAGCCGGUCAUUGGGAUCUUCCAAGUUGCAGCAAGCUCAGACUGACAUUCAAGAUAUUGAUAUUGAUAACGAGAUGGAAGAGCAAACCAGAGCGUGGGUGAAACGGGUGGUGGUGGGAAUGAAUCUGUGUCCUUUUGCCGCCAAACCAUUGGCCGAUCAUCAACUGUACAUUUCCGUGGUACCGGAGAGUAGCGACAUUGACACGGUACUGCAACACGUACUGGCACAAUCGCUGGCUUUUUUGACCGAUGAUACUAAGGAGGAUCCAAUUCCCGGUACAGCACUCCUGGUCUGCCCCGAUUUGUUUCCCACCGAUUUUGAUUCCUUUUUGGAUGUACUGUCCAUGAUUGUAGACGGAUUGCUGGAAGACCACGACUUGACGGGAAAGAUUCAAAUUGUGCCCUUUCAUCCAUUGUUUGUAUUUGCCAAUGAAAAUAUCCAAGAUAAGAGUGAAGACGAUCCAGACAAGAUGGAAUACUAUACCAACCGAUCACCGUAUCCCAUGUUUCAUGUCCUGAAAGAAGACGACGUGAGUCGGGCAGUUGAAAUCAUGAAGGGCGACACGGAUCGAGUAUGGCAACGAAAUAUACACUUGCUACAGAGUAUGGGGAAGAAAUGUCGUGAACAAGAAGGAGAACAAAGCAGUAGUACACAACAAACAACAACAACAACGCAAGUGCUGUUACAGAACUACUUGCAAACAGGUGCUGACGAUGAGAAAAAGUCCAUGACGGCAUUAGCACAGCAAGCAUUGGAAGAUACAGCAAAGGAGUUUCCUCUUUUGUCAAAACCAAUCAACAAUUCCACCGAGACAUCAUAG